AAAAAGCGAGAGCGGGCGAAAUACUCGCGCCGCGGCGGCCCAGACCAAGCAAGGCUAAAGCGCCGUAGCCGGCUUUGCCCAGGCAGGAGUGUCACUCCUCCGCCGGGACUUGGAGCCCCGGACCCACCGGGCCGACGCCGCCCAUCCUCCCACGGGGCCCGGGUCGCCUUCCCAGACUGGCGCAGCUGGUUUCGGGGGCAAGGCGCCCCGGGAGCCUGACGAUGGCGUCGGGCCCGGGCUCCCAGGAGCAAGAAGGGCUCCUGAUCGUGAAACUGGAGGAGGACUGCGCGUGGAGCCAGGAGUUGCCUCGGCCCGACCCAGGGUCCAGCCUACAUUCCUCCCACCUGCGCUUCCGACGGUUUCGCUUCCAAGAGGCCGCUGGUCCCAGAGAAGCCCUCAGCCGGCUCCAGGAGCUUUGCCAUGAGUGGCUGCGGCCCGAGAUGCGCACCAAGGAGCAGAUCCUGGAGUUGCUUGUGCUGGAGCAGUUCCUGACAAUCCUGCCCCAGGAGAUCCAGAGCAGGGUGCAGGAGCUGCAUCCGGAGAGCGGCGAGGAAGCAGUUACGCUUGUGGAGGAUAUGCAGAGAGAGCUUGGACGACUGAGGCAACAGGUCACAAACCAUGGGCAGGGAACAGCAGUGCUUUUGGAGGAGCCUUUGCCUCUGGAAACAGCACGAGAGUCACCGAGCUUCAAGCUGGAGCCCAUGGAGACUGAGCGAAGUCCUGGCCCCAGGCUGCAGCAGCUGCUAGGCCCCAGCCCCCAAAGGGACCCCCAAGCUGUAAAGGAGAGGGCAUUGUCUGCUCCUUGGCUUUCUCUCUUUCCUCCUGAAGGGAACAUGGAAGACAAGGAGAUGACUGGGCCCCAGUUGCCUGAGAGCUUAGAGGACGUGGCUAUGUACCUCUCCCAGGAGGAUUGCAGGCAUCUGGAGCCUGGUAAGAGAGCCCUCUCCAGGGACACUGUGCAGGAGAAUUACAAGAAUGUGGACUCACUGGAGUCUCCAAUUCCCAAUCACGGGGCCCUGAGCACCCAGGUGGAACCAGGAGGAAAGCCAUGGGAUCCUAGGGUCCAGAGUUGCAAAGAGCGCCGGAGACCCCAAAGCCCAGCUGCAGAAAGAAAUCUGAAGAGGAUUUUUGCUUUUGCGAAAAUAGCAUUCCUGUGUAUAAACAGCUGACUUGGGGGCAUGUGCGUCCUGCUGAUGGUGGGCUUGGAAAACCAACUAGCAAAUUGAUCAGCACAAGAAUUCCUAUCUUUUCUUUGGAUGUCGGGAGCUCAAGAAUAACAAGGUGAAUUAAAGCCAAAAUACAUUUGUUUUGAAGCAUUUUCUUUCUGGCCUUCAAUCUAGCUUUUGAGCACUUUUUUUUUUUUUUUUAAUCAAAUAGCUUUAUUUUUUUUAAAUGUCUCUGCGUAGCAUUUCACUGACUUUAGUGAGUAGACAAUAACCUUGAUUUGAGGGAAGCAGAAAAUACAAGUAGCCCCUGAGUUAUGACAGGGUUCCAUUCCAAUGACUCCGUCCUAAGUGGAUUCGGAUGUAAGUCAAAUACCUCUUUUUUUUUUUUUUUUUUUUGAGUUUUCAUCAUUGCCUGAUAUACAGCAGUUUUUUUUUUUAAUAAUUUUUAUUGUGCUUUAAGUGAAAAUCUACAAAUCAAGUCAGCCUCUCACACAAAAACCCAUAUACACCCUGCUACACACUCCCGAUUACUCUCCCCCCAAUUAGACAGCCCGCUCUCUCCCUCCACUCUAUAUUUUCAUGUCCAUGUCGCCAGCUUCUAACCCCCUCCACCUUCCCAUCUCCCUCCAGGCAGGAGAUGCCAACAUAGUUGCUUUUAAGCACUUUUGAUUAAAAAUUGACUUUCAUGCUUGAAAGGGAGACUGACAUUUCCUUCUGAUCAUGUGGUGUAUACUAUGAGGGACUUAAAUGCGUUUCUUCCGCAAGAGGAAGGGUUUAAGGGCAGCUUUUUGCCUGACACUGGUACACCUGAGGAGGCAGUGGGAGUGGUCUGGGUAAGUUCAACUAUGACACGAAAUGGUUGAGGAAAAAUUGCUCAGACCACAAAAAAAAAUUCUGACCCUCUUCCCGUUAAUAUUAACAUUCUCAGUUCAUCAGUGAAACACGUUGAGUGUCCCAGAAGCUUCAGUCAGAAAUCAAAAGUGGUGACUCACAGGGAUCCAAACUUGCUUCAGGCAGAUAGUGCGACUUCCCCAGGCAGAAAGGGUGGGUUAGAAAAACAAUAAGUAUCUUCCUGAAAUCCAUACUUUGUAUGAGGAAUUAACUCUCCUUCCCCCACUCCCCCUUAAGGCCAGGAAAGCUCCUUUCCACACCUUGGCGUCCCUUCGAACUCGUAGGGUAAAGGCUGGCCAAAUGGCCCUUGAAGGAAUCCCCCGCUUUCCUGGUAGGGGUUCCGGGAUGUUGCCUCAGCAACCUGAACAAAAGUGGGCUGCUGGGCCUUGGCGCGGCUCUAUCCUCAGGAAUGACUUCUAGAACCAAAGACUUAAGUUUUCUCUCAGGCUUGGGGAAAGCCGUGGAAUCAGCGGUUCCCAAAGCCUGGAACCAAGUCAGACAUCUAAAGGGGUGGGUCGCCUCAGCGGCCCGAGCAGCCCGCCGGCCCUGCCACACCUGCUGUCCUGCUGUCGCAGCUGGAAAUGCGGUGGGGAGGCAGGAGCGUGCGCCUAGCGUCUUGCCCCGCCUCGCCCCGCCCCGCCCCGCCCCGCAGGUUCUGUAUGAUCCCUCCCUCCCUCAAGGUCGCUGGCUUCCUGCUUCUCCUUUGGUUCGACUCCGGUGUGGGGCACGACAGUACUACCUGAAACUCUCUGGCCCCUCAACUGUGCGUGUGCCAACCCGGUGCGGAGAGCGGGGUUCGGCAUAUGGGCCAGCCCUCAUGGUCAAACAGAAGGCCGGUUCCAGCGCCGUGAUGGGCGCUCUGAGAAGGCAGGGGGGAAAAAUGGGAUGGGCUUGGGGAAAGAGACGGAUAAGGGUCUGGCCAGGUGGGCCCAUAGGCCGCCUUCAGGGUUUGGGUGUUUGUCAGAAUGCGAUGGGAAGCUCACGGAGCAGGGCAGGCACUCACUACUCGUAGUUGUGUUUUUGGUACGCUUGUCCUGGCUACAGGUUAGGGAAAAGAUGGAAAGAGGGCAAGACAGGAGGGCAGGUAGACCAAAGAGGCAGGUGCCCUCAUCGAGGCAGGGGGUAAUGGUGGCCUGGACCAAGAUAGGGGCAGUGAGGAGGGACAAGUUGAGGCAGAGCUGAGAGACAUUCAGGUUUCUACUUGGGCAGGUGCUAAAUCUUGGGAUGACCCUCCCCCCAAAAAGGCCACUGAAAAUCUAGCUCUGACCUGUCUUCUGCUCUUUUCUGCCAGCAGCCCCCUAUUGCUACCAUCCAGGGCUCUUGCAGCUUCCCAGGGCAAUGCACUCACACCGAAGAGGUUGUGCUCAUUCCCCCUUUGGCCUGGCCUGGCUUGCCUUGUAAUUAAACUUUAAAGCCCAACUCAAAAGUUGCAUAGACCCUGUGGUAUUUCUCCUGCUAGUCAGCCAAGUGUUCUCAAAACCCUCUCCAUACUCAGCUCCAAACCUUAGCACGUUCAGCUCAGCUUAUUCAGGUCUGAAUCCCCAACACCAAGCUCAUGUACAGGAUGUUUCCAGAAGCAGUGAGUACUUUUGAAAAUGAUGGUCAUGCACUCUGGGAAUUACCAUUGGAAAAAAAAAAUGGAACUAGAGAGCUGUCCAAACAGCAAGGAUUGUGAACAGGACCUGGCAGUGUUUGUUCUGUUGUACAUAGGGUUACUGAGUCAGAAUUCACUUGAGGGCACCUAACAACAACAAAGAGGUGUCUAGUCCAGUGUCUUCACCUAACAUCCUUUUCAACUUUUUCCACAAACCAUUCUAUCCCAGGCUUGAAGUGUUUCAAAGGAGGCAAAGCACCAAGCUAGGGAAAAUUACUUAACCUCUUAACCCCACCCCUAGCUUGCUGUCAUUCUGGAUAAAUCUUUCCUUAAAAAAGAAAAGUCUCGCUGCUUGAUGUUAACGUCUCCCUUCCAGCUUCCAUUAGGAUGCAGAUUUAAUCAACCAAGGAAGCAUGAAGAAAGUCAAAAGGGUGACCAAUGGCAAUAUUUUUUUUUUUUUCCUGUAAGUUCUGGGUAGUAAAAACGAGAUGUAAAAAAAGAAAUAAGAAUAACUACUGAGUUGAUUUACAAGGUAAAAAUAUCACCAAUAACUAUAAUAAAAAAGGAUCCCACUUACAACAUACUUAGAAAUAACCUUAAUAAAAAAAUGAAUACUCUAUUAAAACUGUUUACAGUUUGAAUGGAGAGAAGCAACCCAAAUGUCAAUUCAAAUUAAUUUUAAAUUAUGGAUAAAUUUCCAAAGGAUUUAGUGUGUGAGGAAGGGAUGAAUAAAUUUUAUGCUGAAGUUGAUUUGGAAAAAUUAAUACGUUAGCUUGGACGCUUUUAAAAUGAAGAGUAAAGGGGCAGUUGCCUUAUCAGAUAUAAAAAGACAUUAAUUAGUGAUUAAAAUGGUAAGGUAUUUGUCAUGGAUUGAAUUAUGUCCCCCCCCCCAAAAUGUGUGUAUUAACUUGGUUAGGCCAUGAUUCCCAGUAUUCUGUGGUUGUCUUCCAUUUUCUGAUUGUAAUUUUAUGUUAAAGAGAAUUAUGGUGGGAUUGUAACACCACCCUUAUGCAAGUCACCUCCUUGAUCCAAGGUAAAGGGAGUUUCCCCCUGAGGUGUGGCCUGCACCACCUUUUAUGUCACAAGAGAUGAAAGGGAAGCAAGCAGAGAGUUGGGGACCUCAUAACACCAAGAAAGCAGCACCAGGAGCAGAGCGCAAUCCUUUGGACACAGGGUCCCUUUGCCUGAGAAGCUCCUCAACCAGGGGAAGAUUGAGGACAAGGACCUUCCUCCAGAGCCGACAGAGGGAGAAAGCCUUCCCCUGGAGCCAACACCCUGAAUUUGGACUUGUAACCUACUAGACUGUGAGAAAAUUAAUUUCUCUUCAUUAAAGCCAUCCGCCUGUGGUAUUUCUGUUUCGGCAGCACUAGAUGACUAUGACAGAAUUUGGUACUGAGUGGGUGGGGUGCUGCUCUAACAGAUACCUAAAAAUGUGGAAGUGGUUUCAAAACUGAAUGGACAGAGGAGUGACAGUGGCAUAGGGACAGCGCAGCAGAGAACCUUCAGCAGAAAAGAAGCGGCAACAGCAGAGAACCAGCAGCAGCGGAACCAGGAGACCAGCGUGCGUGACGCUGAACCCACCCACGGAACAAGAGAGCUGAGUGCCUGUGCGAGUGCCUGUGCUGCGAGUGCCUGUGCGCAGGAGGCGUCCUGGCGGAGUGGGGUGUCUCCAGGCACUUAUCGGUGGAGCUAGGCUUGCGGACGCACAGAGCCAGAGAACUGCUUGUGUUGAGGAGGCUUCCUCGCGGAGUGGGGUGCCUCCAGGCACUUAUCAGUGCAGCUGCUGAGCUCUGGAACACUUGCCCCAGCAGGACACAUGCAGGCAUGAGGCCCAAGGAGCCAAAAGCCCAAAAAACCAAGAAACAGAAGCUGAAGAGACAACAAAGACAAAUAGCUGAGCUGCCUCAGUCUCAAAAGGUAUGGCCAUGACUUCAGGGGUUUCAAAGGGUGGAGCCAUGGCCUCUGGUGUUUCUCUGGUAGAGUUGCCAUUCAGAUGGACUAAGAGAAUUGUGUGCCUAAAGCCGAGAGAGCAGAGUUGCUGUCCCAAUGGGCCUGAAGGUGUAGCUGAAGCCCAGGGCUGAGGGGCCUCCACUCAGAAUCUGGAGAGUGUGGCCAAUACCUAGAAUCUGGAGGGCAGGGUUACUGUGUAAAUUGUCUCAGAGAACAAAGGGUUAUUUUCAAAGCUUUGAGGGCUAAUGUAAUGUGCUCUGCUGACUUGCUUCCUGCCGGUUAUGCCUUCUUUUCCUCCCAGCUUCUUCUAUUUGUAAUGGAAAUGUCUAGCUUGAGCCUGUUCUGCCAUUGUACCCUUGGAAGCAGACAACUUGUAUUUCAGAUUUCACAGAUGAACAGGAAUUUUAGGAUUUUGGACUUGGAGUUAAGACUUCUGCUAUGAUACGAUGGGGUGAAUAUGUUUUGCAUGUUGCAAGGAUAUGAUUUUUGGGGGGCCAAAGGGUGGAAUGUCAUGGAUUCAAUUACAUCCCCCAAAACAUAUAAUGUGUUAAAUUGGUUAGGCCAUGAUUUCCAGUAUUCUGCGGUUCUUCUCCAUUUUGUGAUGGUAAUUUUAUGUUAAAGAGGAUUAUGUUGGGGGCAGAGCCAAGAUGGCGGAAUAGACAGACGCUUCUGUCGAGCCCUUACAAUAAAGACCCGAAAAAACAAGUCAAACGAGUAUAUUUGUGACAAGCUAGGAACCCUGAGCAUCAAAGGCAACCUCAGACAAGGAACUGAGGGGCAGGGGAGGAAGAGGACGUUCAGAAGUAGAGAGGAGUUACUGGACCUGAAUCACAGGGAGCCCUCAGGCACCAUUCUCAGAGUGGCGGCAGCGGCGGCGGCAGUGGCAGGCUGGUACCAGUGUUCGGCCACAGUUUCCUCAGGGAGAAGCAGCCAGCCACACAGCCUGCUUACACCUCUGGAACCUGAGGAGAAUGGCACUCCUGGCAAAAGCUAAGUACUUCCGUAUAUUUUACCGCCGCCCCCCCCCCCAACACACACCCAAGCCAGCUUCAGCAGCUAAAUCCCUGGGCCUGAGAUAGACCCUGGUGAGCACUUACAGCCAUCCUACCGGCCUUGGGGAAAGAAAAAAUUUCCACCUGGGGGGAAAAGAUAAUUUGCUAGCUCCAUUAACCAGGGGAGCUCAGGACACAAGCAGCUCCUGUCCAGACAUAAACCAUCUGUGGACCUUGAGCACCUUUCCCUUCUGCGUGGACCUGUGUGGGCCUAUUUUGGGAGAAUAGGCCCUUGUUGGCAAACUCCAACCAUUCAGCUGUGUGGUGGAGAGGUGGGUGUUUGACGUUUCACAUUGCUUUGCCUAUUAAACAAGGUCUUCACCUACCCGCAACAGGGACCUAAGAACUGGUGGCUCCACUCAGGUCACCCAGCCACCCGUGACAGGUGUCGAAAGAAAACUGGUACCUCCCAGUCCUUACAACCAAAAACUUUCGGUUUCCGUGGUUUGUCUGCAGAACCCACCCACCAGCACGCUCUAGGAACAGACACUCAUUUUCCUCAGAGACACUUGGGGGUCGGUUCUCAGCCCCCUGCCUUGUUCAGAGCAUAACCCCCUGCUGCAACCAGAUACCGAUAUAUACGCCAAUCACCCCUGCCCCUCUAAGACUGUAGGACAGAGCCUGUACCACACACUUGAUGAUCAGCUACCUGGAAACCUGAGCUGAAUUCAUACAAGAAAACUGAAUAGACUCCUAGACCAAUAUACCUGAUAACAGCUCUAGCCAGCUGGGGAAAGGACACCAGAGCUCCAAAGGUGAAAAUAAUCAAGCUAGCUCACUGAAGCAACCCAUAGGGGGAUACCAGAACAAAACAAAACAAAGCAAGUAGCUACGACACAGUAAGCAAGCAUAAACUAAUACAAUAACUUAUAGAUGGCUCAGAGACAACAGUCAAUAUCAAGUCACAUAAAGAAACACACCAAGAUCACCUCAACAGGCUCUCAAAACAAAGAAUGCAGGGAUCUUCUAGAUGAAAGUGCAUUCCUGGAAUUAUCAGAUGCAGAAUACAAAAGUUUAAUACACAGAACCCUUCAAGACAUCAGGAAUGAAAUGAGGCAAUAUGCAGAACAAGCCAACACACAGAUAAAGCAACUGAAGGAAUUAGAUUAUUCAGGAACAUAAUGACAAGUUUAAUAAGCUGGAAAAAUCCAUAGACAGCAAUCAGAAAUUCAGACGGUUAACAAUAUAAUUACAGAAUUAGAUAACUCAAUACAAAGUCAGAGGAACAGAAUUGAGCAAUUAGAAGCUAGAAUUUCUGAACUGGAAGAUAAAUCACUUGGCACUAAUUGAAGAAAAAUCAGAUAAGAGAAUUUUAAAAAAAUGAAGAAACCUUAAGAAUCAUGUGGGACUCUAUCAAGAGAAAUAACCUAUGAGAACAGGGAGGGAUAAUAGAAAAUACAGAAAAAAUUGUUGAAGAUUUGUUGGCAGAAAACUUCUCUGAUAUUGUGAAAAAUGAGAAGAUACCUAUCCAAGAUGCUCAUCAAACUCCACAUAAGGUAGAUCUUAUAAGAAAGUCACCAAGACAUAUUAUUCUCAAGUUUGCCAAAAGCAAAGAUGAAGAGACAACUAUAAGAACAACGAGAGAUAAACAAAAAGUCACCUACAAAGGAGGGCCAGUAAGAAUAAGCUCGGGCUACUUGGAAGAAACCAUGCAGGAAAGACGGCAAUGGUAUGACAUAUUUAAAAAAUUGAAGGAAAAAAAUUGCCUACCAAGAAACAUAUAUCCACCAAAACUGUCUCUUAAAUGUGAAGGUGAAAUUAAGACAUUUCCAGAUAAACACAAGUUGUGGGAAUUCAUAAAAACGGAACCAAAACUACAAGAAAUACUAAAGGGAGUACUUUGGUUAGAAAAUCAAUAAUAUUAGGUAUCAACCCAAGGCAAGAACACUGGGCAGAGCAACCAGAAGUCAACCCAGACAGGGAAAUCCAAAAAAACAAAGAUAAAAAAAAAAAAAAAGCCCAAAACACAGUAACAGCGAUGUUAUUUUAUACAAGAAGAAAACAUUAAAAUAAUAAAGAGGGACUAAGAAAUGUAAUCAUACACCUUCCAUAUGGAGAGGAAGAUAGAGCGAUACAAAAAAAUAAGUUAAUUUUAACUUUAGAAAAAUGGGGGUAAAUAAAAACGUAACCACAAAGAAGACAAACUAGCCUACUCAUCAAAAUAAAAUACAAGGGAAGAAUACAGACUCAGCAGAAACAAAAUCAACAACAACAAAUAUGAGGAAAGGAGACUAUAUAAAGAUAAUCAGCACAUAAAAUUAAGUGGGAAAAAGAAACUAUCAACACACAAAAAAGAUAUCAAAAUGAUAGCACUAAAUUCAUAAAAAAAAAUUACCUAUCCAUAAUUUCCCUGAAUGUAAAUGGGCUAAAUGCACCAAUAAAGAGACAGAGAGUGGCAGAAUGGAUUAAAAAACAAGAUCCAUCUAUAUGCUGCCUACAAGAGACACACCUUAGACUUAGAGACACAAACAAACUAAAACUCAAAGACUGGAAAAAAAUACAUCAACCAAACAACAAUCAAAAAAGAGCAGGAGUGGCAAUAUUAAUUUCUGACAAAAUAGACUUCAGAGUUAAGUCCACCACAAAGGAUAAGGAAACUGUAUAAUGAUUAAAGGGACAAUACACCAAGAAGAUAUAACCAUAUUAAAUAUUUAUGCACCCAAUGACAGGGCUGCAAGAUACAUAAAAUGAACUCCAUCAGCAUUGAAAAGUGAGAUAGACAGCUCCACAACAAUAGUAGGAGACUUCAACACACCAGUUUCGGUGAAGGACAGGACAUCCAGAAAGAAGCUGAAUAAAGACAUGGAAGAUCUAAAUCCCACAUCAACCAACUUGACCUCAUAGACAUAUACAGAACACUCCACCCAACAGCAACCAACUAUACUUUCUUUUCUAGUGCACAUGGAACAUUCUCUAGAAUAGACCACAUAUUAGGUCAUAAAGCAAGCCUUAGCAGAAUCCAAAACAUUGAAAUAUUACAAAGCAUCUUCUAUGACCAUAAGGCCAUAAAAGUAGAAAUCAAUAAUAGGAAAAGAAAUCAAACACUUGGAAACUGAAUACCCUGCCCAAAAAAGACUGGAUUAUAGAAGACAUUAAGAAUGGAAUAAAAAAAUUCAGAGAAUCCAGUGAGAAUGAAAACACUUCCUAUCAGAACCUUUGGGACACAGCAAAAGCGUGCUCGGAGGCCAAAUUAUAUCAAUAAAUGCACACAUCCAAAAAGAAGGGCCAAAAUGAAAGAAUUAUCCCUACAACUUGAACAAAUAGAAAGAGAGCAACAAAAGAAACCCACAGGCACCAGAAGAAAACAAACAAUAAAAAUUAGAGCUGAACUAAAUGAAAUAAAAAAAAAGAAAAACAAUUCAAGGAAUUAACAAGACCAAAAGCUGGUUUUUUGAAAAAAUCAACAAAAUUGAUAAACCACUGGCCACACUGACAAAAGAAAAACAGGAGAGGAAGCAAAUAACCCAAAUAAGAAAUGAGAUGGGCGCUAUUACAACAGACCCAACUGAAAUGGAUGAAUUCCUAGAAACACACUACCUACCUAAACUAACACAAACAGAGGUAGAACAACUAAAUAGACCCAUAACAAAAGAAGAGAUUGAAAAGGUAAUCAAAAAACUCCCAACAAAAAAAAAAAGCCUUGGUCAGGACAGCUUCACUG